AAAGGCGCUGCCGUCAAAUUGGCUGACUUUGGGCUGGCCAUCGAAGUGCAGGGAGAGCAACAGGCCUGGUAUGGUUUUGCGGGAACUCCUGGCUAUUUAUCACCUGAAGUUCUUAAGAAGGACCCGUACGGUAAACCUGUAGAUAUCUGGGCCUGUGGGGUUAUUCUGUAUAUAUUAUUAGUUGGUUACCCCCCAUUUUGGGAUGAGGAUCAGCACAGACUUUAUGCACAAAUAAAGGCCGGAGCUUAUGAUUAUCCCUCUCCAGAAUGGGAUACAGUGACUCCGGAAGCCAAGAACCUUAUCAACUCAAUGCUGACCGUGAAUCCCGCAAAACGGAUCACAGCGGCCGAGGCAUUGAAGCACCCGUGGAUCUGUCAACGGGAACGGGUGGCCUCAACACUGCACAGACAGGAGACAGUGGACUGCCUUAAGAAAUUCAACGCCAGACGAAAACUCAAGGGCGCUAUACUGACCACAAUGCUGGCCACUCGCAACUUUUCUAGUAAGUCCACCGAUCGAAGUCCCAGUCCUAGUCCUGCUCAGACAGCCGCUGCUACCGGUGCUCACGCGCCGGACACUCACAAUCCUAAUCAGCAUUAA